AUGUCUACAGCACAACGAAGUGAAAGUAUGAAUGCAUUUUUCGAUGGGUACAUCCAUUCGAAGACCUCUUUGAAGCAGUUCAUUGAACACAUACACAAUUUCAAAGUUCAAGAUGAGUUUGUAGGAAAGAUUUACUGUGAUGUCGCUUCAGAAGUAGAGGGAUUGGAGGGGGUGAAGUACGAGGUUCGGGAGUCUGUAGUAUACCUCGAGGGUAGGAAGAAGAAAACAUUUCUCGUCUCAUUUCGGAGGGAGACUAGCGAAGUGAUGUGUAGUUGCCACUUGUUUGAGUUUCGAGAAAUUAUCUGUAGGCAUGUGAUCACUGUGUUGGAUCGUAAUGACUUGACACAAAUGCUAGAGAAGUAUAUAUUGCGGCGGUGGAGGAGAGAUGUCAGUAGGGCACAUACGAGGGUCACAGUGAACUACGUCGGGUUGGUUAGUAUGCUUGAACAAUUAAGAUAUGAUGAUAUGUGUCAAGCAUUUUCGGAGGUGGCAGACCUCGCUGCGAAUGACGAAGGGCGGGCUCGAGCAAUAAUGGAUUGGAUAAAAUGCCAAGCAACAGAGUUGAAGACUUCCCGGUCGAGUGGUGGUAGUAAUGUCCUUCCCCAGCAAAAUUUUCAGGGUGGCAAGCAGUGUAUUGGAUCGUAG